AUGGCCGUCAACGUAGCCGUAAGGGAGGCGUUUGAAAACCACGUCAAGGCCGUCGAAAGCCUGAACACGCCAGAUCACAUGCUUUCGACGUCAGAGGACUCGUUCUAUGUCGCUGACCUGGGUGAUAUUGUUCGGAAGUGGACUGUGUGGACAGAAGCUCUUCCAGAUAUCACACCCUUCUUCGCCGUGAAAAGUAGCAACGAUGGACGGUUGAUCCAGACCCUGGCCUCCUGCGGCGCUGGAUUCGACUGCGCGUCGAUCGAGGAGAUUGAGCUAAUCCUGUCCAUGGGCAUCAGCGUGGAUCGAAUCAUCUUCACUCACCCAUGCAAGCCUUCCGCGUCCUUGGGUUUAUGCCGGAAGCUCGGUGUUUCCCUCAUCACCUUCGAUAACGAAUGUGAGCUUUGCAAGCUUAAGGACCAUUAUCUCGAAGCGAACGUGGUCCUCCGCAUCUUUGCCGACGACCCUACCGACGUUGACCCUUCAGGCACCAAGUUUGGUGCCUCUCACCACGACUUCCUGCGACUUAUCCGCCUCGCCAAGGAGCUCGGGCUAGCACUGGCAGGUGCUAGUUUCCAUGCAGCUCUGAGUGUAGCCGUCGACCCGGAGACAUACGUUCGUGGAAUCGGGGAGGCGGCAGAAGUCUUUACGCAGGCCCGAGAGCUAGGUCUCAACCCGACCAUCCUCGAUAUUGGCGGUGGUUACAUGGAUCACACCUUUCCGAAGAUCGCAGAGGCUGUGCGACCCGCCAUUGAAACAUGCUUCCCCCAACUCCGCAAUGGAGAAGGGAGUCGGGGUCUACGUAUCCUCGCCGAGCCAGGUACUCUAUUUUCUAACAGCCCCUUCUACCUGGCCGUCAAGGUCAUCGGGAGGUAA